GUACCUUUAGCUCUCUCAGUUAGGUACGGGUACCUACCCCUCCCGUCUCUCCCAGUUCUCUCCCCCGUUCGUGCUGCUGAUCCGGUCGAUCUGAUUGCUUAAUCUGGUUGACUUGCCCGACUGCACUUAUAUCAAAACUUUGCUAGCUAGCCAACCACGUCCCUCCAAACUAAAGGAACCUAAUAAGACAGGAAAAAAAAAAAAAUUAAAAAUAAAAAUUCAAGAUCUUACAAGACUUUAGGAAGGUGUUUGUCACGCGUGGAGAGACAAGAAAAAAAAAGACCAAAGACGAGUGGAGGAAACGCAACAAGCAGAGAGAGACAAGAUAAACUAAAAAAGCAAAUUGGGCAUACAUACAUAUUUCGUAACGUGUACACAUACAUACCUCAUACGUUUAUACGUCAGGUAACUAUACGUUAUCCGUUAUACGUUAGGUAUACGUUAUAUGUUAUACGUUAUCUGUUACCGACUCUACCAAAAAAAACCAAUAUGGGUCUCUUCUCGAGAAAGCCUAAGGCGCCCAAGACAGUCAGCGCCUCCGCUUCGAACGGGUCAAACGAUACGGCCAGCCUGAACUCGGAAAACUCCAAUAUCAAAGGGUCAUCCUCCAGCAACUCUCGAGUACAGUCGCAGUCUUACAGCAACCAUCGCGCAUCAGCCGGCAGCGUACCUCCCACUCCAAUGACCCCGAUGACGCCUAUGACGCUACAUCCGAUGUCCAGAAUCAAUCUACCAAAGCCUCCGGACCCUGUCCUCGAUGCCGCCGGUUACUUGAGAAGUUUGGGUUCCGUUCGCGAGCGGUCCAAGAUUGUGACCGACAAAGCUCUGCGUAACGAGCUGAAUCAUUUCGAUGUCGAUAUGGCCAAGUUUCCCGACGUCGCUAGUUUUGUAUGCGGUAUCAUCAAGCGAGAUUAUGACGCCCCAUUUUCGUCGAUCCCACCCCACGGCCGAUACCAGCACUUCUGCGCCGGCGGAAGGGAUCGCAUCGCUAACCUACUCGCGACCUUUCCCGAGGAUGUGGAUAAUACCGAAAAGUGUCGCCGUCUGAUCGACUUAUUCCUCGUCAGCGUGCUGCUUGAUGCUGGAGCAGGAACCGAAUGGAGCUUCAAGAGUGCCGAGAAUGGUCGCAUCUACAGGAGAUCCGAGGGUCUAGCGAUUGCGAGCUUAGAAAUGUUCAAGACUGGAUUAUUCUCUGGGAAUCCGAGCAACAAGUUCCAAGUGGAUAAGGAUGGGCUUCAAAACUUGACCGUCGAGCAAUUGGCUAAGGGUAUGCAAUCGCGCCCAGGUAACACGAUUGCCGGUCUAGAGGGCAGAGCGCAGCUGUUGAUACGACUCGGCAAUGCGUUAUCCGAAAAGACGGAUUUCUUCGGUGUCGACGGAAGGCCAGGUAACAUGAUCGACUACCUCCUGGCGCACCCGACAACGCAAGCUUCUUCAUCUCCGAUCGUAAUCCUCCCCGUACUUUGGAAUGUAUUAAUGUCCGGACUCGCUUCUAUCUGGCCCCCUUCGCGGACAGCUAUCGACGGCGUCUCUCUUGGUGACGCAUGGCCGUGCUCUUCUAUGCCGCAGCACAUACCACCGCCUAGCUCUCCGGGUUUCUCUCCGUUCCCCAAUUCCCAAUCAGGCUCCGGCACCGCACCCUGGGAAUCAAUUCUACCUUUCCACAAGUUGACGCAGUGGCUCACGUACUCGUUGAUGCAACCUAUGCAAAACCUGCUUAGGAUCCAAUUCGCCGGAACCGAACUCCUAACGGGACUUCCCGAGUACAGGAACGGGGGUCUGUUCAUCGACCUCGGGGUGUUGACGCUCAAGCAGGACGAUCUCGAGCGCGGUCUGCAGCACUACAACGAUUACUGUCAACGAACGGGGACAAAGGGUGUCGAGGUAGCACCUAUGUUCGAACCUAGUGAUGAUGUGAUCGUGGAGUGGCGAGGCGUUACGGUGGGCUUCCUCGACAUGCUUUUAGUUGAGGUUAACAAGGCUCUGAAGAAGGAGCUGAAUGGUGGCGAGCUAACGCUAGCACAGCUGCUCGAGGCGGGAAGCUGGAAGGGUGGUCGCGAAAUCGCAGAGGUCAGCCGACCAAACACCAAAGAACCGCCGAUUCUAAUCGAUUCCGAUGGAACUGUAUUUUAACCUGAGACGUUUGAUCUCGCGUCUCGCGUCUCGUCCCGUUUACUCUUCUGUUAUUCGUUUCGAUCCCCUUGUGUUAAGGUUCAUCACGAUACAAAGCGAAAUCCGCUAGUUUUGUUAAAUUGAGAAUCAUACCCCCUUUGUUAAAUGUUCGAAGCAAAAGAGACCGCCCCCCCAUUUCGAGCGUCGGUGGAAAACAUACUUAUAACCUAUGCUAGGCUAUUUAAACAGAUCUAAGUGAAAGAAAGAUAUUAGGUUCUACGGGCAAGAACAGUACGGCGACACCAAACACCACUUUGUUGGCGCGAUUAUUGGUAAUUCUCCACGCGUUUUGGUUUAUUUGUUUGUUUUUUGUUUUUUUGUCGAGGCAUGAUCACAUCUAAAAAAAAGAUGUUGAUCAAACUUUUUUGGUUAGGAUAGUAUUGCUGGAGAAGCUAAUUAAUCACCUGUACAAAAAUAUAAACCCAUGCAGUAUAAGUACCUAACCUAAGGUAUAUUUGAGGCCUAGAAAUAUAUGGAUUACAAGGGGUCGAGCAAAGGACGUGGGUUUUAUGCUUGUAACCUCGAUUUAAACUUUGUUAAGGGGGUUUUGGAGUUUGGUAUUGCACAGAGAUGUACUGAUA